GCACUCAAAUCAGAUUUAAAGUACGUAAAUCCUUCUAGUUAAUAAGAAAACAGAAUAGUACACUAAUCUGAUAUCUAUUAGUUUAUUAUUUGUUUCACUAACAACAAAUGUUAUCUCAAACUUCAUCAUUUUUUUUACAAUCAAUUGUGAUUUUUCUUAUUUUUAAUACUAACAUAUUAUGGGCAUCAAGUACAAAUAAAUUGUUUGGUGAUGUGAAAAACAUCACAGUAUAUGCUUUAGAAGAUGAAAAAUAUUUAAAUAAUCAUGACAUAUAUAAAUUUGUAAAAUUAAAUAUAUCUUGGUUACCACCAAAUGAGAAUAUGCAACCUUCCUCAUACAGUGUGACAGUAACAAGCAUGUCAAGUGAAAAAUCAAAUCUUGCAAUUUGUCCACAUGGAAUACUGCGUUAUAUAACAGAAAAUAACAGUCAACUUAAUGUUUUACUACCACAGAAUAAGUUAAUUGGUAUACCAGAGAUAUAUAUUCAUCCAAGCUGCUCAUAUAAGAUAGAAGUUUAUGCUAAUCCAAGAAAAAAGCCAACAGGAACAGCACAAGAGAUAAUUUAUAAAGUCCCAGAAUGUGUAGGUCAUAUAUGCGAUUGCACAAAUAGAAAAUCUGUAUUACCAAUCCCUCGUGUAAAUGUGACUGUUAAUACAUGUCAAGUCAUAAUUACUUGGAGUAUAGAAACUAAUGAUACUUAUGUACAUUCCUACAAAAUUAGUAUAGGAAUUCCUCCUUUAAUAUCAAAAGCAAGAUUUCCUGUAUAUAAUAUUUCACAAAUAGGUAUUACCAAAGCAAAAACUAAUACUUUUUUAUGGAAUUUAUAUAAUGGUUAUCAAUGUAAUAAAUUAAAAGACAAUUACAAGAUAUUUGUAACUGCAAUAGAUGAUCAUGGUUGCUUUGGUAAUCAUGGAAUAUUUACCAUCAAUUUACUAGAUCAGAGUUUAUCAUUGCAAAACUAUUUUAUUAUAUUUGUACCUGUUACAUUGGUUAUCUGUAUAAUAUUCAGUUUGUUUAGUUUUAUUUUUUUUAAAAAGAAAAAACAAAAAUUCAUUUGGAGGAAAGGACAUACAUCACGAAUACAAGAAAUAGAUUCCAUUUCCAAGUGUAAAUCAAAUUGGGUGAAUUCUAUUCUUCGAAAACAUAAUAUUUUAUAUACUCAAUGCAAUACAGAGGUUAUACCAUAUAAACAUGAAACAAGUGAAUUUGAAAUCCCAUAUAAUUCUUUAAAAUUGACUUCUGAAUUGGGUGAAGGCCAAUUUAGUAAAGUUUAUCUUGGAUACAUAAAUAAUAAUGCAACACCAGUAGCAGUUAAGAUGUCAAGGUUAUCAAAUGAAUUAAAUAAACUAGAUAUGUACCGAGAAUUUAUGGAAGAGAUCGAAAUAAUGAUAAAAGCAGGGCAACAUCCACAUUUAGUUAAUCUUAUAGGUUAUUCCAUUGUGCCAAAUAAAUCUGUAUAUAUAAUUUUAGAAUAUAUGAAAGGUGGUAAUUUAUUGGCAUAUUUGCAUUCAAUAAGAGAUAAGAAAACUGAAUCUAGAUUUAUACAAAAUAUUUUUAAUAAAUAUGGAUUUGGAUUUGGUUCCUCAGAAACAUUAUAUACAACAAUAAAUACAUUAUCUAUAUCUUCACCAUAUUCAAAAAAUGACAAAUUAAAAUUGCCUAGUUCAAGAUAUGUUAAUCUAGAGUGUUCUAAAAAAGAAGAAAAUGCCAUAAAUAUGCAGGCUGAAGUUGAAAGAAAUCAAUUUAUACAAUUUGCUCUUGACAUUGCAAAAGGAAUGGAGCAUUUAGAAUCUAAGGGUAUUAUUCAUAGAGAUCUUGCUGCAAGGAAUAUAUUACUUACUUCAAAUCUAUGUUUAAAGAUAUCUGAUUUUGGACUUUCUCGAAAUGGAAUCUAUACUAUAAAUGAUAUAUCAAGCAAAAUACGACAACUUCCAGUACGCUGGAUGUCUCCAGAAACUUUACAGGAUCGUAUAUUUUCUUCUAAGAGCGAUGUCUGGUCAUUUGCUGUAGUAUUGUGGGAGAUUGGUACUUUUGGAGCUUUUCCAUAUUCACAUGUACCAGAUAACAAAUUAUUAGAACAUAUAAUUAUUGAAAAACAAUGUUUAAGUCAACCAAAAAAUAUUCCUUGUGAUAUUUAUAAAAUAAUGCAAUAUUGUUGGGCAUUUCAACCAGAAAAUAGACCUACUUUUGCACAACUUGUAUUGGAUUUACAAGCUUUAAUAGGAUUCUUGCCUUUACAAAAUGGAAAAAAUAAUCCUUGUUACACAUUACUGUCUUAUUCUUAGAAUAUGUAAUAGCAAAACAAAAAUUGCUACUAUUAGUAAUGCAAAUAUAAAUAAAAAUUAUACUAAUAUAUUGAUAUUAAACGAUAGAUAUUUAAAUUAAAGCAAGUCAUAUUUCUAUCGAUCAAUAAAAAUUAUAUAUAUUUAUUAGAAUUAUAUAUAUAGAUGUUACUGAAUACUAAUUGAUCAAUGGUUAAAGCGGGCGAUUUACUUAUCUGAUUAAUGUUUUUUUUUUUUUUCAUACAAUAUUUGCAAGCUUACAACCUGUUUUAAAUCUUCAAAUUAGCUUCUGCCGUUCAUUUAACGCUGCAAUGGUUUAUACUUUAUAUUUUAGCACGAUCGAAACACAAUAUGUAUUACUUUAUUUGCUACUAUCGAUAUAUGUCGAUAGUUAUUGAUAUUAAGCUUCCUUCAUGGUUAACGAUUUAAUGUGCUUACUUCACGUGGUUCGUAUCUAUAGAAUAUGUAUGUAGUGGUAAGUGGUUAUGUUAUCUGCGAUGAAAUGCGUGAUAGUAAAGUAAAUGAUAGUAAAUUAGAGUAAUAAGGUUUGAUUUUUGUAUAAUGUUAUUGUACGUAUAAUAUUAUUAAUUGUAUUAUUUUGCAAUAUUAUAUAAAUUUAAACAUUUUUUUUUAUCGUCUCAUAAAUUCACUGUUUAAUAAUUUUACGUAAUAAAGGUUAGGUUUACUAUACUCUAAUUUACUAUAUUUAAAGUUUAUACAUCGCGUCAGUGUAUUUGUAUAAUAUUUUAAACCUUUAAUUGUGUCAGUGAAAAAAAAUAAAAUGAAGAACAUUAUCAGUAUAAAUUUGUAAUUAGCAACACGUUGAAAAUGGAAGAACAAAUUACAACUAUCCACUAUAAUACCAGCAUAGAGG